CAAAGAACGGGUAUUUAAAGCGCACUUAACCAGCCCCGCUUAAAACCAACCAAAUCCACCGUGAACAAUUGCCGCCCCAUCUUCAAACGGCGCGCCACGGAGUUCCGAUGAAACGCAAGCAAUCAUCCAAGAGCAGCUACAAGCCUAAGGUCAAAGGAGGCAAGGGAAAGUAUGGCAACAAGAAGGCCAAGGUAAACGACGAGGCGUUUGACUGGGGCGAAGGCAACAACCACAUCGCUUCGGACAGCGAAGUGUCGGACGACGAGGGCAAGAAAGCCAAGAAGGCCGACAUCGACGAAGAAGACCCGUACGCGAACGAAACGAACGAUGAGAAGCGCGUGCGUCUCGCCAAGGCGUAUUUGGGCAAGCUGAAAGACAAAUUCCAAGACGUGGACGACGACGACGAUGCUGCUGACCCCAGCGACCGGCUGGCGUCGCAAUUGGAAAAGGACGUGCAGGAAUCCUCUGGCAAACUGUUCAAGCAGGUGGCACACAAGUUGGUAGACUUUGAGUUUGACCACGAAUCGUGCAAGUGGCUCAAGGGCCACAAGCUACCAGUCACGAGUGUGUGCGCCACCGAGGACGGCAGUGCCAUCUACUCGGCGGCGAAAGACGGCUCGAUUUUGAAGUGGUCGAUUGGUGAGCAGGGCGUGACCAAGACCAAGCUGGUCGUGCCAUUCGACGACGAAGCGGACACGGAUGCCAGCAAAACCCCGACGAAAAAACAACAGAAGAAGGUUCCCGACCACAAGAAGACCAUCUUGGCGUUGGCCGUGAGCUCGGACAGCAAGUUCGUCGCCAGUGGCGGCGUCGACAAGAUUCUUCGCGUGUGGGAUGGCGCGUCCAACGAAUUGCUCGAGAGCUUCAAAGGCCAUCGCGACGCUAUCUCGAGCCUGGCGUUCCGCAAGAAAGCGCACAUGCUGUUCUCGGGUUCGUACGACCGCACCGUCAAGCACUGGAACCUCACGGAAAUGGGCUACGUUGAGACGUUGUUUGGCCACCAGAAUGAAAUCACGGCCAUUGAUUGCCUGCAAAAGGAUCGCGUGGUCAGCGUUGGCCGCGACGCGAGCCUGCGCGUAUGGAAGAUCCCUGAAGAAACACAGCUCGUGUUCCAUGGCUCCGGGUCACUGGACUGCCUCGCGAUGGUCUCGGACGAGUAUUACAUUACCGGCGACGACUCAGGGUCGCUGGCGUUGUGGUUCAACGGCAAGAAGAAGCCGACGUUCGUCGCGCGCGCGGUACAUGGCGGCAAGUGGAUCUCCAGCAUCGCCGUGCUUCCCCGGUCGGACCUCGUCGCCACGGGGUCGUCGGACGGGUUUGUUCGGCUGUGGAAGGCCAACUUGAAAACACGGGUGCUGGAACCUGUGGGCGCCAUCCCCGUCGACGGGUUUGUGAAUGCGCUGGCGUUUCCAAAGGCGGGCACGUUCCUUGUGGCGGGUGUGGGCAAAGAACACCGAUGUGGGCGGUGGGAAGUCAACAAAGCCGCGGCCAACGGCGUCGUGCUCGUGGCAUUGCCUACGUUAUUCGACGAGUAGAAUCGGGAUUGCAAACCACAGCACACACAACAUUUUUUCUAAGCUAAAACAACUUCACACAUACGAAUC